GCCUGCAGCCCGUGAGACAGCAGUAGCAGCCAGGAACAGCAGAGAGACGCAGGGAACCAGAGAGGAGAGAGCGAGAGCUAGAUAGAUAGAUAGAUAGAUAGAUAGUUGGAAAGAGAGAGAGAUGCAAAAAAAUAUUCAAAACACCCCACAAACAUCAUAGAAUCUAACGCUGGAGCAGCACGGAUGCAACAUUUACAACAUGACCAUUCGUUAUUAACCGUCAUUUUAAAUGGGAGAGUUCUUGGAAUGAGAGAAAUUGCAGAUGGAAUAUUAGGGUUUUCACUAUUUUACAGAGGAGCGGUUUCAUUUUUUUUAUAUUGCAGAUUUGCCAUAUAUGCAUUUUUUUUUUGUGCUGCAAUCUUGAAAACAGAUUAAGAUCAUGGGACCACUGUAUUAAGUGUUUUUGUCAUGGGUCGGGGUUGAAUUUCAUGGGAAUUGUAGCGCGUUUAGAAUUAGAGAAGAUAUUUUGAAUUCGAAGGGAAAUACUGUUGCAAGCCUGGUCGUGUUGGGUUUGAGUUUUUAUUAUUUUACUGUAAAAUGCCGGUUAUACCCCUUGUAUUUAAAUAGUAUUUUUAAAAUGAUUCAUUUUGAACUGUAAAAGAAAAUAUUAUAGGUAUAGGUUAAAUAUACUGUAACAAGAACCAGAGAACUGCAUCGUUUCUUGACAUCUUUGUCUGCAUUUUUUAAACAUUAUUUUACAUUUGUAAACAUAACCAGUCGCAUUUUAAACAAUGUCUGGUGAGGUCCGUUUGAAGAAACUGGAAAAAUUGAUUUUGGAUGGGCCAGCUCGGUCGAAUGGUCAGUGCUUCAGUGUGGAGACGUUGCUGGAUAUCCUAAUUUGUCUCUAUGAUGAAUGUAACAAUUCCCCUCUGAGGAGAGAGAAAAAUGUGUUGGAUUUUCUGGAUUGGGCCAAGCCCUUCACUUCAAAAGUGAAGCAAAUGCGUCUACACAAAGAAGACUUUGAAAUCCUUAAAGUGAUUGGACGAGGAGCCUUUGGUGAGGUUGCUGUGGUGAAAGUGAAAAAUGCAGAGAAGGUUUUUGCUAUGAAAAUUCUGAACAAAUGGGAGAUGCUGAAAAGAGCUGAGACUGCCUGCUUCCGAGAGGAAAGAGAUGUGCUGGUAAAUGGAGACAGCCAGUGGAUCACGACUUUGCACUAUGCUUUCCAGGAUGAAAACUAUUUAUACCUUGUUAUGGACUACUAUGUGGGUGGUGAUCUCCUUACACUCCUCAGCAAGUUUGAGGACAGGUUGCCUGAGGACAUGGCACGUUUUUACCUGGCAGAAAUGGUGCUAGCAAUUGACUCUGUUCAUCAGCUGCAUUAUGUACACAGGGACAUCAAACCAGAUAACAUUCUCAUGGAUAUGAAUGGACACAUUCGGCUUGCAGACUUUGGUUCUUGCCUCAAACUCAUGGAAGAUGGAACAGUUCAGUCUUCAGUUGCUGUGGGAACGCCAGACUAUAUCUCCCCUGAAAUCUUGCAAGCGAUGGAGGAUGGCAAGGGGAAGUACGGUCCUGAGUGUGACUGGUGGUCCCUGGGCGUCUGCAUGUAUGAAAUGCUUUAUGGAGAAACUCCCUUUUAUGCAGAAUCCUUAGUAGAGACAUACGGCAAAAUAAUGAACCACAAAGAGAGAUUUCAGUUUCCAGUACAACUAAUGGACGUAUCUGAAAAUGCCAAGGACUUGAUCCGAAGGCUUAUUUGCAGCAGGGAACACCGGCUUGGCCAGAACGGCAUUGAGAACUUUAAGAAACACCCAUUUUUUGUUGGCAUUGACUGGGACAACAUCCGAAACUGUGAGGCACCUUAUAUCCCUGAAGUCAGCAGUCCUACCGAUACGUCCAACUUUGACGUAGAUGAUGAUUGUUUAAAGAAUUCCGAAACGAUGCCCCCACCGUCACACACUGCCUUCUCUGGACAUCAUUUACCAUUUGUUGGGUUUACAUAUACUAGCAACUGUACUCUCUCUGACCGAGGCUGCUUAAGGGAGGUCUCUGCACCCACUUCAACAGAAAUUGACAUCAGAGUCCAGAGAAGUCUAGAAGAUAGCUUAGCAACUGAAGCUUAUGAGAGGAGAAUACGACGUCUAGAGCAAGAGAAACUUGAGCUAAGCAGGAAGCUCCAAGAAUCAACACAGACUGUUCAGGCGCUGCAAUAUUCCAGUGUAGAUGGUCCAGUAGCUGCAAGUAAAGAAAUAGAAAUCAGAAACUUGAAAGAAGAAAUGGAAAAGUUAAAAAAACGGAUUGAAGAGUCAGGCCAGUUAGAACAGCAGCUUGAAGAAGCCAGCCAUGCAAGAAGAGAUCUCGUGGAAGCCUCCAGGCAUAUGAAGGCAUUUGAAAAGCAAAUAAAAAUGUUGAAGCAGGACAAAGAUGAUCUGUAUAAGGAACUGACUGAUACAAGCGAAAAGCUAAAAUCCCAAACCAAAGAGCUGAAGGACGCCCACACCCAGAGGAAGCUGGCCAUGCAGGAGUUCUCAGAGAUAAACGAGAGAGUCACAGACAUGCGCUCCCACAAACAGAAGCUUUCCCGGCAGCUGCGGGACAAGGAGGAGGAGAUGGAGUUGGUGCUGCAGAAGGUGGAGAGCUUGCGGCAAGACAUCCGCAAGGCUGAAAAAGCUAAGAAGGAGCUGGAAGCUCAGGCAGAGGAAGCUACAGCUGAGGCCUCGAAAGAGAAGAAGCUGCGAGAAAGAAGUGAACAGUACUCCAAGCAGCUUGAGGGGGAACUGGAAGGGCUCAAGCAAAAGCAGAUGGGCCGGUCACCAGGAAUCAGCAGCAUGGAGCACCAACAGGAGAUCACGCAGCUGAAAUGUGAACUGGAGAAGAAGAGUGUGUUCUAUGAGGAGGAGCUGUCCAAGAGGGAGCUGCUGCACGGUAGCGAGAUCAAGAACCUCAAGAAGGAGCUGCGUGACGCAGAGAGCCACCACCUCACCCUUAACAAGGAGAUCAUGAUCCUCAAGGAUAAGCUAGAGAAGACAAGAAGAGAGAGCCAAAGCGAACGAGAAGAGUUUGAGGCUGAAUUCAAACAGAAGUAUGAAAGGGAGAGGAUCCUGUUGAUGGAGGAGAAUAAGAAGCUUUCCAGUGAAUUAGAUAAGUUAACAGCAAUGUUUGAGAAGCUGAGUGGCAGUAACAGACAGCUGGAGGAGGAGAUGAGGGAGCUGGCUGAUAAGAAGGAGUCGGUAGCACAUUGGGAGGCUCAGAUCACUGAAAUCAUUCAGUGGGUAAGUGAUGAGAAAGAUGCACGGGGCUAUCUCCAGGCUUUAGCUACAAAAAUGACAGAGGAAUUGGAAGGUUUGAGAAAUUCCAGUCUUGGUGCAAGGGCUACGGACAUGCCCUGGAAGAUGCGGCGCUUUGCAAAGCUCGACAUGUCGGCCCGGCUGGAGCUGCAGUCAGCGCUGGAUGCUGAGAUUCGGGCCAAGCAGGUUAUACAGGAUGAGCUGAAUAAAGUCAAAGCUUCAAACAUGUCCACCGAAUGCAAACUGCAAGAGUCAGAGAAGAAGAAUUUGGACCUUUUGACAGAAAUUGAAAAACUGAAGAAAGAAACGGAAGAACUUAGAUUGGAAAAGGGUGUAAAGCACCAAGACUCACAGAAUUCUUUCUUGGCAUUUUUGAAUGUGCCUACCUCUGCUCUGGAUCAAUUUGACCGUUCUCCUGUCUGUAUCUCAGCUAGCAAAGGCAGACGUAUUGAUUCCAUUGAGAACUUUAACUUGUCCAAUACGCCAUCCCGAGAAGAAGAGGCCAAAUCCCAAAUUCAUUCCAGAUCCAGGUCCCCCUCAACUGCAAGUGACAUGGAACCAAUUGAGGUAAUGGAUCACCCACCUCGUACUGUGCAAACACCAACAAUGAGGUCAGCAUAUAGUGGAUCAGGCCUUUCAACGCCCAAGCCCAAAGCACAUCAGUUUGUAGUGAAAUCCUUCAAUACUCCCACAAAAUGCAACCAGUGCACAUCUCUCAUGGUCGGAUUGAUACGUCAAGGCUGUACGUGUGAAGUUUGUGGAUUCUCGUGUCACGUGACUUGUGCGGAUAAGGCUCCAGCUGUUUGCCCAAUUCCACCUGACCAAACAAAGGGACCACUGGGAAUAGAUCCACAGAAGGGUAUUGGGACAGCCUACGAGGGGCAUGUCAGGGUGCCUAAACCUGCUGGGGUGAAGAAAGGCUGGCAGAGGGCCAUCGCUAUAGUGUGUGACUUCAAACUCUUCCUCUAUGACUUGGCAGAAGGGAAGGCCUCCCAGCCCAGUGUAGUUGUGAGCCAAGUUAUUGACAUGAGGGAUGAAGAGUUUUCAGUCAGUUCGGUUUUAGCUUCAGAUGUCAUUCACGCCAACAGGAAGGACAUUCCUUGCAUCUUCAGGAUUACAGCCUCCCAGCUCUCGGCGGGAAGUAACAAGUGUUCAGUCCUAAUCCUGGCUGACAGUGAGAAUGAGAAGAAUAAGUGGGUUGGAGUCUUAAAUGAACUGCACCGCAUUUUGAAGAAAAAUAAACUCAAAGACAGAUCGGUAUACGUUCCCAAAGAGGCCUACGACAGCACCCUUCCACUAAUCAAAACCACACAGUCAGCAUCCAUCAUAGAUCAUGAACGAAUAGCUCUGGGCAAUGAGGAGGGAUUAUUUGUAGUGCAUGUCACCAAAGAUGAGAUUAUCCGUGUUGGUGAUAACAAGAAAGUUCACCAGAUAGAGCUCAUCCCUAGCGAGCAGCUGAUGGCAGUGAUUUCUGGGAGGAACCGACACGUCCGCUUGUUUCCUAUGUCAGCCCUGGAUGGCAAAGAGACGGACUUCUACAAACUGGUGGAAACAAAGGGUUGCCAGACGAUUGUGUCAGGGCAGGUCCGACACGGGGCUCUAACGUGCCUGUGUGUAGCCAUGAAGAGGCAGGUGAUAUGCUAUGAACUGAACCAGAGCAAGUCACGCCACAAAAAGAUCAAAGAAAUACAAGUGCCGGGCAAUGUUCAGUGGAUGGCUAUGUACAGCGAGCGACUCUGUGUGGGCUACCAGUCUGGCUUUAUGAAGUACAGUCUCCCAGGGGAAGCAAACCCUGUUAACUUACUCCACCAUGACGACCAAACACUUUCCUUCAUCACGCACCUGGGCAUGGACACCAUCUGCGCAGUGGAGAUCUCUAAUAAGGAGUAUUUGCUGUGUUUCAGCAGCAUAGGGGUGUAUGUGGAUUGUCAGGGCCGAAGGUCAAGGCAACAGGAGCUCAUGUGGCCCGCCCUUCCAAUUUCCUGUUGUUAUAAUGCUCCAUACCUGUCGGUGUAUAGUGAAAAUGCUGUAGAUGUGUUUGACAUCAACACGAUGGAGUGGAUCCAAACAGUUCCAUUGAAGAAGGUGCGGCCUUUAAAUACAGAUGGAUCAUUAAAUAUUCUAGGCCUGGAAACUAUUAGGUUAAUUUAUUUCAAGAACAAGAUGGCAGAGGGAGAUGAGCUGGUGGUUCCCGAAACGUCUGAUAACAGCAGGAAGCAGAUGGUGCGAAACAUUAACAAUAAGAGACGGUAUUCCUUCAGGGUGCCAGAGGAGGAGAGAAUGCAGCAGAGCAGAGAAAUGCUGAGGGACCCAGAGAUGAGAAAUAAACUAAUUUCCAACCCCACGAAUUUUAACCACAUAGUUCACAUGGGUCCUGGGGAUGGUAUCCAGAUACUGAAAGAUCUGCCCAUGCCAGGUUCCCCUCACCCAUCCCCUAAUCAUCACUUGCGCUUGAUCUCCACUCCAACCAACUUUGAGCACGUCUAUCACAUGACUGUCCAUUCUGCUGAAAACUUCCUCUAUUUUGAUUCCAUAAACCCUUCAUACUCACCUUCACUGAGCUCUCUCCCUGGAACUCCAUAUUCCAUAUCUCCAAGGAACCUCCGUCCUCAGGAGAGCCGCACCAUGUUCAGCGGGUCUGUAAGCAUCCCCUCCAUCACCAAGUCCCGCGCCGAGCCAGGCCGCUCCAUGAGUGCAAGCAGCGGACUGGGAUCAAGAUCCACAGCACAGAAUGGAAGUGCUCUCAGGAAGGAGUGCUCGGGAGGAGGCUACGGGGCCAAAAGACAACCAAUUGCGUCACCUUCUGACGGCUCUUUGUCCUCUGGGGGGAUGGAUGGUGGUGAUGCACCAAUAUCACAGUUUGAAAGAGAGUGGCAGGCUGUCUCCCCAGCAGAGAAGACUCCUGAUUUGAAAAGGGCAUUAAGGACCCUGCUUAGUAAAGUUAAGGAUUCCGAUUCCCCUCGACAUUCCACAGCUUCCAACAGCUCCAACCUGAGCAGCCCGCCCAGCCCAGCUUCCCCUCACAAAACCAAGAGCCUCUCCUUAGGGAGCACAGACCACGUUGGGUGGGAAACAUGAGCUUCACAAGUCAUCUAAUCUUCAAUCAAGUCUCUCCUCUCCCUCCUUCUCCAGUCCCUCAGACCUCAGACCUCAUUCAUUCUAAUCAUUCUCCUUGGGAACCUGCAGCACACCUUUCACCUCAUUGGCCAUAAGAGAUGCAAAAUUCAAAUAAAAUACCAAGACUUCAUCUGAACUUCUACUGGAUUGAAGACGUCGACCAGCUGAUGCAAAGUUGUUUUUUUUUGGUGGGGGGGUGGGGGGUGGGCAGGCAGUGCAAAGACUACUGAACUUGAGCUGAUGUGUUUGUUGCCAACAACUCCCAUUUAUCACGAUCACGAUUUGGACAGGAUUUUUGAGUGUGUAAAAACAAAGAAAGUGAUUUACAAAUGUAUAUAAACAUAUGUAUUAAGUUUAUAGAUAGAACUUGUGAUAUUUAUAGUAGAAUAUGUUUCGUUAGCUUAAAGUAAAUAAAUAAAAAGAGAUAAGGGGUGCUCUGGAAUGUAACCCUCUGCAAUAUUUAUGGCGAUCUAGCUGUGCUGGUGGUUGUUGGUGAGUGAUGGGGGGGUUUCUGCUGCUCUUCUUGGUCUUCUGGAUUUAGUUUUAUAUCCUGUACACUUACAUUGCUGGUCAGAGGGACAGUAUCUAUAAGGUAAACAUGCCACAGGGCAAAAGCAUUCUCAAUCAUUCUCAGUGUGUUUUCGUUGUGUUAAAAGUGUCGACAUGUGUAUUGAAUACCAACGAGUGCUUAAAGGUGUGAAUGGUUAGCAGCUUCAUUCAAGCAGUUUAGAUUCUUCCUUUGUCAUGUUGCCUCAAGUGUCAGCAGCAAUGACGCCGUCCCGUUGAAAUAAAUGGCUUACAGUUCUCUUGAACACAGGAAUAAGCUGUCACAGGUUUUUGUUUUAAUACUGUAAAUACAAGUAGAGAAUAAUGUAUCUAAACAUUGCAAGUCUGAUGUAGAGUAUAAUGAGCAUAAAAGACUACUGGUAUAUUUUUUUCCUGUUAGUUGUGUAGGAAGUUUCAUGUGAGUGAGCUAAUACUAUGUUAUUGCAUUCACUGGGAUCUCAUUUCUAUGAUUAGGUAGGCAGCAACUCCAUGUUCUACAGUUGUUAAGAUUGCUGAAAAUUUCAUUUGAAAAUAGAGCUUAAGUUACAAAAAAACUGUAACCCAUUGGAAAAGUAAUGGCCAAUAGGAAAAAUCAUUUUAUUAGGUAUUAUGGCUCUAAAAUGGAACAGUAUUUUUUUUUAAGAGGUAGCUGAAUUUCUAUUCUACAGCAGUAGGUGGAGCUGUUGUAUAAGUCCACAUGGCACCGUGCCAUUUUCCACUACAGUUCUGCUGUGUAACUUCAGCAUUUGCACAGAUUGUCUCAUAUCCCACAUCACUCACAUCUCAUAGUACCUGUAUGGUUCGUCCUUCACGUCCCUGUUGUUUGCAUAGUUCAGCAAUAACACACCAUGUGUCCAAAGACAUGAACCCAUUUUCCAUCAGCCUCCUAUUUUGAUUGCAGCAUUGUCACUUUUACAUAAGUUGAAUGUGUGCUUUAGAGGACCAGUCCCCAAGAGCUAUUUUAUGAAAGAAAAUGAGUUUUCUAUUGCAAUUAUAUAU